UAAAAAGCAGGGCCGAUCGGCCAGAGCGCAUACUGUCCUGACAUUACACCGCUCUCAUCAGGUCGGCGCUUUCUCUCUUGUCAGGUUUCUGAAGUCAGCGUUUCAAAGGCACCUUGUCUUUGGAAGCAACUUGAUUUUGGAAAUCCAACGCGUUUGUUUCUGUCCGCAUUUCCCCGUGAAGAGCCCGUUCCGCGCGCCACUGAAGAAGAUGAGCCGCUCGCGCUGUGUUCCUCUGCUGCUGUUAGUGCUCUGCGGAGCCGCUGAGUUCGCCGAAGCCUGCAGCUGCUCUCCUGAACAUCCUCAGCAGGCGUAUUGCAAUGCGGAUGUCGUCAUCAGAGCCAAAGUGGUUGGACAGAAGGAGGUGGUCACUGGUAAUGAUGCCUAUGGCUAUCCAAUCAAAAUGAUCCGAUAUGACAUCAAACAGAUAAAGAUGUUUAAGGGUCCUGACGGAGAUAUUGAUGCCAUCUUCACGGGCCCCUCAUCAGCUUUGUGCGGGGUCAAUCUCGAGAGCAGUGGCCAAAAGGAAUACCUGAUUACUGGUAAUAUGGAUUCAAAUGGCACAUUGCGUAUAAAUCUUUGCGACUACAUUGAAUCUUGGGAGUCUCUGAGUCUGACACAGAAAAUUAGCUUGGGUCAGCGCUACCAGAUGGGAUGUGAUUGCAAGGUCAUCCAGUGUCCUACGAUUCCCUGUUCCAUUAACGACCCCACAGAGUGUCUUUGGACUGACUGGGUGCUGGAGGGAACAGUUCAGGGUACACAGGCUCAGCACUACACCUGCAUUAAGAGGAGUGACAGCAGCUGUGCCUGGUACCGUGGAUCUACCCCACCUAAAAGAGAGUUCAUGGACAUUGAGGACCCAUAAACAAGUCCUCAGCUCGAUCUCUCAUUCAGAAAAUCCCCCACAACACAGCUUACCUGACCUUAAACUCACACCUUAAUUCUGCAAAUGCAUUCUAGAGCUCAUGAAACCUGUCAAGACCACGUUUGGGCCAUUAUAGUGUCAACGCAAAUUCAAAAGAAAAAAGAUAUAAUAUGGUAAUAUUUUUGUAUGAAUGAAUGAAUUAAAACAAAAAUAAUGAAUCAUAUUUUGCAUAGAGAAAAUAAAGUUUAAAAGAUCAUAAAAAUGCCAGUCGUCCAGUUUUCAUUAUGGUAUUACAAAUAUAUAUUCUCAUUAUUGUAUUGCAGUAUUUAGAUCAUAGAGAAUGAGAAUUACAAACAAACUAAUAAAGUGUAAACAUCCAGACAUGCUAUGAUGGGAUGGGGAAUAUGCUGGAAAUAUAAUGUUCUAUAUUUUCCUUUUGAUUUUAGGGUGAAUUGUGGUGCAGAAAUGUAUGUGUGAUAUUUUCCAAGGCAUGACAGAAUUCAUACAUUUGGUUGCAUGUUAAUAUAUGAAUUGAAUCUUACCUCUAGUGUUGAAAUGACAGGCAGAAAAGUUUCUCUUAAGCACUUUGAGAACCCAAGUGUUUUUUUGCUAGAUUUUUGCUCUCCAAUAAAGAGGAAAUUGGUUACAACAUUGUUUUUCAGUUCCUCAAGCACAGCUUGAGCAAAGAGUUUUUCAUCUUUUAUGCUGUCAAUUUUAUUCUUACAGUGUAAAGCAGAAAGACUGAAGUAAUUGUGCCAUAAAGAUAUAUGGGACAGAUGAUUAGAAGGCUUUGCAGACAAGCUAGUUUGUCAAAUUUCUGGAGAAAUUGCCAUCAUAAUGAAAAACAAUUAUCUUUUAUAAUUUGAGAUAAACUACCAGGCAAAAUUUUGGACACGCUUGACUAAAUUUGUGUUUCUCUGCUUAAAUUUAAAUAAAUUUUACACCCAA